AUGCCGUACAACAAAGAUGGCGAGCCCAUCUCCUGGAAGCAGGUCAUCUUCGGCAAGAAGAAGAAGACCUACAUCUUCUGGAGCAUUAUUGUUGUCAUGAUGGCGCUCACCAUCAAAGAUUUGUUUCUCGCAAUCAAAGAGCAUUUCGAGUACAACAAGUCCAUCGACAUGGUGGUUCGUUUCAACAAUUCCAUGAGCAUGCCGAACAUCACAAUCUGCAUGCCUCAGGCGCAAAUUCAGGCCUUCAUGGACUGGGGUCCGCUGCGCAAUCAGUCAUCAAACGAGGCGCGACGCGCUUAUUGGGACGGGAAGAUUGAAGUGAGUGUAAUAGUCAAGUAUAAUAUAAUUUUUCUCUCUCUCCAGGAAGCAAUGAAAAAAAUCUCCACCAAAGAAGCAUUCCUCGAGGAGAAAUGGCCUCCAGAGUUUCUGUUCGACGUGUUUGACACGCUGCAAACGUUGUACAUGAAGGAGAUUACAACCGUGAACACAGUGGGGCAGAUGCUGAUGUUCUCGGUGCGGAAUGCGGACGAAAAUAAACGAAAGAAGAUUCAGGUAGGGUUCAGAAUUCCUUUAAAGCCAUUGAAUAUCGUAUAAACAGCAUUGUAUUUGAAAACUUUCAGAAAUACACCAAGCUCUUUGAUGAUUUGGGAGUUACAAUUGAAGAUGCUCGACAAAAAGCCGGAGUUGAAGCACUUGGCUAGUAAGUACCGGUAUUUCUAGCUAUGAUUUUUAAUUUACAGCCAAAUGCGACGUCUACAAAGGCUGACUAAAAACGAUGAGUUGAAGAUUCUCACUUGGCCCAAGAUUACCUGGCUUUCGCAGGAGGAAUUUUGCUGGCAACCGGCUUUUCAUGACAAUUCACCGGUGGAUUUUCAGGUAAAUAGGCUUGUCGCAUCAACCACAAUAAUAUUUGGGGCGAUUUAACUGUAACCUUGCAAUCUUCAGGGCACAUUUUUCACGUUUACAUCAGUGCUGAACAUGCAAAAUCUCCUCACCAACGAUCUUGAUUGCCCCACUGCUGAUGUCUCGGGCCGACCAAGCUCCUUCUGGCGCUAUCAUCUGAACCAUGGCAGAGAGAACAACGGAGUUGUGGAGGAUCUCUGUUUUGGCGACCGACAUGAUGUCACGACCACGGUGAAGGCGUAUUAUCGGAUGGUGGACGACCCACGAGAAGAGGACGACAAGAUUUGCAGGGGAUACGGGGAGGGUGAGGAGAUUGAAUGCCAUGCCAAAUGUAGAAAGGAGAUGGUUCAGGUGAGCGGUGAUAAAGCAGUUAUGAUAAAAAAGGAAUAUAUCCUUGUAGACGAAUUUGGAGUGCACUCCAAUCACGCUGGAGUACUUGGCAGAUGAAGACGAGCUGAAGAAGUUCCCUCGAUGCGACUACAGUAAUUUGAAAAUGAUUGAGUAAGAUUAUUUAGCGUGAAAAAUUAGGCGGUUCACGUAGAGCGGGGGAUCUGGUUCAGUGGCAAAAAAUGUGCCAUUUUUCAUCCGGGAAGCAUCAAAAAUGUGGCAUAAUGCUUCCCUCUUCAAGUGAAAAAACUUCGUUUUUAAGGGCGCGCCCUUUGCCUCACAAAAAAGGAGCGGGGGCGCUUUUGAAAUCGGAGUUUUUUCACUUGGAGAGGGAAGAAUUUUGCCACAUUUUUUGAUGCUUCCUAGAUGCAAAAUGGUACGUGUUUUGCCACUGGAUCAGGUCCGCCACGAUGAAUACCAAAAUUUGGCUUUUUUAGAAAUUCAAAGAAAUUUGGAUAGCUAUAAUAUUUAUUAUGAUCUGACCGCCAUAUCUCUUCCAGACCAGCCAACAUCACCAACACGGAGAAAGACUGCCGCGCCGAGUGCCAUCGCGACUGCAACUACAUAAAGUACGAUGUGAAGAAAGGUGUGGCUCGUCACACCUCGGCCAUCAUUGCUCAGACCCGAGCCAAAAGCGACCCCGCAGCGAUGGCCAAGCUCGUCAAAGACCUGAGCCAGGACGUCCCGCACAACGAGCUGACCGUAAACUUCCUCUUCACCUCGUUCGAGUACAUGGAUUGUGAGCAGGACUACGAGGAGACUUGGGUCGAGUUUAUUGGAAAUGUUGGAGGAGUUCUCGGCUUGUGGCUGGGACUUUCGGCUGUGAGCUUCAUCCAAGCCGUCAUCUGGAUGUACCGGCUGUUUCGACCGAAGGAAUUCGAGAAUACGGAUGAAGCGAAUGGACCGAUUACGAGAAAAUUGUCGAGCAACCCGUUCGGGGACGUGACGUUGAGCCAGAAUCCGUUUGGCGGAGUCGGUAGGGUGAUUUUGGCGGAUAGCCUUUUUUCUCUGCUUAAUACAGUAAAAGACUCGAUCUAGUGGCAAAAACGUAUCAUUUUGCAUCCGGGAAGCGUCAAAAAUGUGGCAAAAUGCUUCCCUCUCAAAGUGAAAAAACUUCGUUUUGAAGGGCUUUCCGUCACAAAAAGAGCGGCCGCGCUUUUGAAAUCUGAGUUUUUUCACUUGGAGAGGGAAGCAUUUUGCCACAUUUUUGAUACUUCCCGGAUGCAAAAUGGAACAUUUUUGCCACUGGAUCAGGUCCCCCACUGUAGGCCUUCAGACUCUAGUAAAAUUACGCUCAGACUCUCUAAAACCCCACUUUUGCAGACCAAGACCUAAAGAGCCGAAGAAGAUCGUCGAUGGCCUCGAACUGA